AUGAUUGCUCAAACAGAGUACUCUAAAGAGAAAAAGGUCGGUGAAGGUACAUAUGCCGUGGUUUACGUGGGAACCAAGCUGUCAAAUGAACGUCGGAUCGCCAUCAAAGAGAUAAAAACGUCGGGAUUCAAGGAUGGCUUGGAUAUGUCUGCAAUAAGAGAAGUGAAAUACUUACAAGAAAUGCAGCAUGUAAACGUUAUUGAGCUAGUUGAUGUUUUCAUGGCCCAGAAGAAUUUGAAUCUGGUGUUAGAGUUUCUGCCGGCAGAUCUGGAGAUGAUUAUCAAAGAUACGUCCAUUCUAUUCACACAAGCAGAUAUUAAAUCUUGGCUAUUGAUGACACUGAGAGGAGUUCACCACUGCCACCGCAAUUUCAUUCUACAUCGAGAUCUAAAGCCAAAUAAUUUACUGCUUGCACCAGAUGGACAACUUAAAUUGGCAGAUUUCGGUUUGGCUCGAAACAUGGGGUCGCCUCAGGAUUUUCUAACCAGCAAUGUUGUUACCAGAUGGUAUCGGGCCCCGGAACUUCUAUUUGGCGCCCGACACUACACGGGCGCCGUGGACAUCUGGUCAGUAGGAAUUAUUUUCGCCGAGCUCAUGCUGAGAAUACCUUAUCUGCCCGGCAAAGAUGACAUUGAUCAGAUAGAUGUAACAUUCCGUGCUUUGGGUACACCAACUGAUAGGGACUGGCCCGAAAUAUCGACUUUUGGCACUUACAACAAAAUUCAGGUAUAUCCACCGCCCUCCAGAGAAGAGCUGAGGAGAAGAUUUAUCGCCGCUACGGAAAAUGCACUAAACCUCAUGUGUGGCAUGCUUACAAUGAACCCACAUAAGCGUUUUGAUCCCACACAGUGUCUCACCAGCGAAUAUUUCGUGGAGCUGCCGGAACCAACGACACCAUCAGAGCUUCCGAAGCUGACUCCGAAAUAA